UUUUGUCAUAACCUCAUUUUGAAUUUAAAACAUCUGCUAAGUCAAGGUUUCCUUUUCCAAUACCAAUUUCUUCUGCUUUAUUACUCCACUUGUAAGCAGUAACCCUUUUCCAUGUAGCAGAUUCUUUAACUAAAACUUGUUCAAAUGAAUAUGAUUGAAAAUGGAAAGAUUUCGCCGAAGAACAAAUCAUUCUAGGGUUUCCAUUACUACCAUUGUUGAUCAAAGUUCGGAAAAUCAAAUUACCCAAAUUUACCCAAAAGGAAACCAGCUGGUUGCAAAACACAAUUAAGCUCCUAAGUUAGUUUCUCGUUCUAGUAUCAAAACAUUGGAGGAGAAACAGCAUUCUUUUGACUUGGGAAGAGGUAGUGGGAUCCCACUGACGAAAAUAUUGGCGGAUGAGAUGUCUAAGGAAACUGAAUCUGGUAGACGAUCUCUGAGUCUUAUUGCUCGAUUGAUGGGUUUGGAUGGGUUGCCUGCCUCACAUAAUAUCAACAAAAAACAAAAGAGACUUUCUGACAAUAACCAAAGAGGUUCUAAUUCUGCUGGGGUUUCUAAAUAUAGCAAGCCUCUUGAUAGCCGGCAUAGGAAGAAUGCUAGGGCACCACAGCAGUUUAAAGAUGUCUUUGAAGUUAAGGAUGGAUCAUAUAUGGCAACCAGAAGUACUACAUCUCGAGCACUGUCAGAUCAAAACUUAUCUGAAGACGAAAUUGCUUUCAUAAGGCAGAAAUUCAUGGAUGCCAAAUGCCUUUCUACAGAUGAUCGAAGUCAUCAUUCAAAGGAAUUUGAUGAUGCACCGGAAGGGCUCAAUUCUAACAAACAUCUUUUGGUGAGAUAUCUUCGGGAGCCUGAUACGUUGUUUUUGAAGCAUAUUCGUACUCUGCAUAAUGCUUCUGAGUCUUAUCAUGGUGCAAUGCAGGGAGCAGACUCCAAGAAUUCUGUUAAAUCUAAUAUCGAUGUCAUAGAAUGUCAGGCAGGUGAAGUUUCUCAAAAGAUUGACAUUAGCCAUUCUUAUAAGCGUCAUAGUAGCUGUUACAAUAGGACGUAUGAUAAACAUGCCGCAGAUUUGCAGAAAUUGAGUUUUUGUGAUGAAUUAAAUGUGGAUGCUUCUUUAGUCCCCACAAAGAUUGUACUUUUGAAGCCAAAUCUUGGUAAAACACGCAACGUUUCUAAAUCUGCAUUGGCUAAUACUACUUGUGAUCCAAAAUCCGACUCUGUGUUUUAUCAUGACAAUCAUGGAAGAAAAUCUGAGGAAGCAAAAGAGCUAGCCAGGGGAGUCACCCGUCAAAUGAAAAAUAAAUUAGGCAUAGAUUCCUUUAAUUUUCUUUCAUCUGGAUAUAAAGGAUAUUCUGCCGAUGAGAGUUCAUACGAUACAUCAGAAAAUGAUUCGUCAGAUGAAUCAGAGAUGACUUUUGUGAGUUCCUUUACGUCAUCUAAUAGGACUGUACGUAGAAAAUCUUCAUCAGUACAUUACAUGGAGUCUUCUGUCACUACGGAGGCCAAGAAAAGGCUCUCUGAGAGAUGGAAAUCAACUCACAGAUUCCAAGGGCUUGGCGAAUCGAGUAAAAGCAGCACAUUAGCUGAUAUGCUUGCCAUCCCAGAUGUGGAUAUAAGGCCACAGAGCCCUGAAAUUACAUAUGGCAGGGAUGAGUGUUUUUAUAGGUGUGGGAGGAGUGAUGGAACCACAGAACUGAAUACUCCUUUGGGUAUCAGUAGUAGGGAUGGCUGGAAAGAUGGAUCUCUUCAAAACCUGUCUAGGUCUAAAUCCCUUCCAACUUCUGUUAAUCGCCUUGGAAGUCCUAGAUCCAGCACAAAUUGUGAAGCACUUGCUGCAGAAAGGUUUUUGAUUCGAAAAGAAAUUGUUAGUCAUGGUAGAAAUAAGGCAGUUAGGAGGGAAGCUAGAAGAAAAGAUAGAUCCUUUUUGGAAUUUAGGAAGCCUAGUGAUGAGAAAUCUCAGUCUAGUCUUGUAAAUUUGGUAAAUUUGGUUGAUGAUGCAUAUGAGAUGCAAUCGAGUGAUAACGUAAUGAAGAUUACCUCUGACGGGAAAGAUUCACCAGAAGUAAAAACUGUGAUUCUGGAGACACCAUCUUGUAGGCCUGAUACAUGUCUACCUCUUGACGGAAAUGUUCCUCUAUCACAAGAUGGUUCUUCUUCACUUGACAUGCCACCUUUGCCACAGGUAGAAGGCUCUUCUUGCUCACAAUGUAAUGUAGCUCAUCUUGAACCUUCCACAAGCAGCAAGGAGUCUGAACAACCUAGCCCAGCUUCGGUUUUGGAAGCUCCUUUUGUUGAAGAUCUAUCAUCUGGUUCAGAGUGUUUCGAAAGAGUCAGUGCUGAUCUUCAUGGGCUAAGAAUACAGCUUCAGCUUCUUAAACGGGAAUCUGAAGAUUAUGAUGGAGGAUCUAUUCUCAUUUCUAGUGAUGAAUAUGUGGAGGAUUCAGUCGAAUUCACUCCUCGUAAUGGAGGAUGUUGGGAAUUUUGGUACUUGGUAGAUGUUUUGGCCCUCUCUGGGUUAGAUAAACCUAAUAGUGAGUUGUUUAUAAGUACAUGGCACUCUCCGGAUUGUCCAAUUGGCUCUUGGGUGUUUGAAGAUCUCGAAAAGAGAUACUGUGAAUCAGAGUCAUGCUCACGAUCUGAACGGAGACUGUUAUUUGAUCAUAUAAACGCCCGAAUCAUGGAUAUCUCCCAACAGUAUGUCGAUACGAAUGCAUGGGUAAAGAAACCGGGAAAAGCUAUUGAUCCUCGAUGUUUGAAGGACAUGUUAAAAAACGAGCUGCAUAACGUACUCGACAAUCAUCAGAACAAGCUAACGGAAAAGGAAUUGGACACGGUACUACUCAGCGAAAUGCAAUGGAAUGCGCUCGAAGAGCAUGUAAGUGAUGUAGGUAAGGAUAUCGAAGGAUUAUUGAUGAAUGAGCUAGUAACAGAAUGUCUUCCUGUGUAAAACAGGUUAUUAUUGUUGAUUCGAUCGAAUCCUAUGUCUAAACGAACGUUGUUCUGUGUAAAACGGGUCUUAGUUCGAUCAAAUCCUACGUUUGGUAAUAUAUAUGUACACGAACUGACCUUGAUCAGUUCGGCAGGGGAGAGUAAGCUGUUAUAUAUGCGUAGGAAUCCUAUUUUCAAUGAAUAAAAGAGGUAGUAGGAAUGAGGAUUAUAUAAUGGUUCUAAUUAUAUAACGAAUUAUUCCCCGGUCUUUUU